AUGGAAGCAAUGACCAGCGUUGACUUUAAAAACUGCUUUAUCUUAAUCCUAAUAAGCCUCUUCUCAACCUUCUUUCUCUUUGUCUUCUUCUUCAAGAAACCAAAGAAUGGCUUCGACUUAUCUCCGAGCCCUUCCCUUCCUAUCAUCGGUCAUCUUCACCUUCUCUUCUCUGCUUCAAUCCACAAGUCUUUUCAUCCAGUGGCCCACGAGAUCUUCAAGGACCACGACAUGAGCGUCUUCUCUCAUGGUGCUAUUGGUAUUGAUGAGUGCCUUGUGUUCGGAGCUUUUGGCUUCAUCAAAGCUCCCUAUGGAGAUUACUGGAAGUUCAUGAAGAAGCUCAUCACUACCAAUAUGCUCGGACCCCAGGCGCUUGAGCGUUCACGAGACGUUCGUUCAUUUGAGAUAGAGAGAUUCUACAGAAGUCUACUUGAGAAGUCAAUGAAGAAACAUAGCGUUGAGAUCGGUGAGGAAGCGUUGAGGCUUGUUAACAAUUUCCUCGGCAAGUGA